GAAGUGAGUUUAUUGUUAUGUUGAUAUUGAAAUAUAAUUGUUAUUAUUCUGGUUGUAUGUUGGUUUAUAGAAAAAUUUCCAUUGAAGAAUUAUUUCUAAGUAUGCCAGGAUUUGAAUAAUAUUAGCAAGUACAUUAUAAGUGUCUAUUAGCCAUUGUUUUUAUCCGAAGGAAGAGGUAGGACCAAAGCGCUUAUUAAGACCUCUUACAAUUCUGUUCUAAUAAAUAUCUUCAUUUCUUUUGAUCAGAUCCAAGGGAAAUAUCAAAAUUGUAUUAUAUUAGACGCUUGCUAAAGAUGGAAAUUUGUGAAGCACCUGAUCCUGUUGAAGUUACUAAUUUUCAUUUUUGCCAGUUGAGAACAUUGAGACUUGCUAAGGGAGAUGAAAAAGUACCAAAAGAUUGUAUUAAUAUUGUAGCCUCAGCAAGUAAAUAUGGAUUACUCUUCGUUGGAAUUGAGCAUGGUUUUAAAGUUUUUAAACUGGAAAACAUUUUGAAUUUAAGUGAAGACAGAGAAAACAAAAGUAUUGAAGAAAAUUAUUACUGCCAAGUAGUAUCUUCUGAAACCCCUGUUUUGAUGUCCAUAAGUGCUGAUCAGAAAACUUUAGCUGUUUGUUUUAACAGAAAUGGUUCAUUGAUUUCUGACAUGUAUGACAUUGCUGCUUUUGAAGAUCCACAAAGUACACCUGUUCCUUUUCAAAAUGUUCUACUUUCUGGUAAUGGGACUAAGCUGAAAGAUUUUGCUUGGAAUCCCGUUGCUGUCAAUACAUAUGCAUUUUGUACAAGUGAUGGCAGUUUGUCUGUUCAUGAACUUACUGGAACCGAUCUAAAAAUUGCUGCAAAUAUCCAGAAUGCAUCAGCCUUAUCUGUCUGUUGGAGUCCUAAAGGCAAACAAAUUGUUGUUGGUAAAAUUGAUGGCUCUUUUAGUCAAUACAAGCCAACUUUACAAGAGGUUAAAAACAUUCCUCCUCCAACACUUGAUGAAAAAGUAACAGUGGAAAACAUCUGUUGGGUCUCUACAACUCAAUUUGUUGUCCUUUAUGUGCCAAUCACAAAAGGUUCUCCACCAUAUUUAUUUGUUGUUUCUACCCCAAAAGGUUCUCCCAUUGUAUAUCAGAAUUUUUAUGACGUGUGUUUGGGAAAUAGCUCCAGCGAUGAACAACGAUAUUUUUUACAUUUUGAACCAACUUGGGGUGUAACUGUGUGUGCUUCAAGAGAUUCCAUUGAAAUUGCUAUCAUUGGUGAUUGUCCAAACUGGGUUCAGUGGGAUGUGAAAGAAGAUGGGAAAGCUCUGUUGCCUGGCAAAGAUGGUGCUUCACAUGCUAUUGGAAUGGGAGUUAUGUAUUGUGCUCAAAGAAAAAUUGUAAUAAGUGAAUAUGAAUCCUAUCAACCUAUGCCAAUUAUAUUUUUUCUGACAAAUAAUGGAUUGUUGGUAUCAUAUCACAUGAUCAACAACACUCCUGGAUUAGAGAGUUUAGUAUAUCCAACAGAACCAUUUGAUAAAGCAAGUGAGAGAAAACGACAUGGUGGAUUACAAAACCUAAAUCAAGGAGUGACUCCACAGCCUUCACUUGCUGCCCCCAGUUCCAUUAUGUUUCAGCCACCAUCUGCUUUCCAACCACAACCUGUGCAGGAGAGUAAAUCUGCAUUGGCUGCUACUUCUCCAUUUAAUCUGAAACAAGGCUUUAGUCAAAAUAAAAAUGAGCAAGUCUCAAGUGGAAUAAAACUGAUUCCAACUUCAAAUAAUUCAGCUUCUCCGGCUCAACCUGCAUCUAUGCCUGUUGCAAAAGUUCCUAUAUUUUCUGUGCCCGAUCAAGCGAGUUUUCGCACCCCUCCUAGUAAUACAACUUUUGAUGUAACUCCAACUUCUGAUGGUCUAUCUAAGUCAAGCUUGCGUGAAACCCUUAAUUCAACUGUUUUGGCAUCAAAGGAAACCAGUAACAAGCAAAAUACAUACAUUGGUGCCAUUGUUGAUGAAGUGCAAACUUUUGAAAAAGAACUACAUGAUUUAAAGCUUUCUUUAAGUUCUUUCGCACCAAUUGGCACAAAAGAUGAAAUGAUAGAUUUGAAAUCUGCUACUUUGAAUGCUCAAGACUUUCAGAAAGAAAUGUUGGAAACUAUGACAUCUUUAAAUACUGACAUUCAUGAUUUGAAAAAUGCACUGUUGGAAAGCUUUGUAAUGGUUGAAGAUGCCAAUACGAGAGAGAGAAGAAAGAAUGAUCAUUUAUAUUUAUCUUUAUUGCGGGAAAGAGCUCUUGAUCCAGUCACUGCAAAACGACUCAAACAAAUUGAACAGCACUAUAUGUAUCUGAGCACACAAUUGCAAGAAGUGAGCAAUAAAAUUGAUCAAGAUUGGUUUGAGUACUUGGAAAAGAAAAAAUCUCAUCAAAAGUCCACUUCUCAUUUGUCAUCUGCUGAAGCAAUUUACAAAACACUUGUAAAUAAUCAGAACAUCAUCCACAAUUUAAAAAAAAAUAUUGACCUUGUUUUUGAUAAGGCUACUGAAAAAAGAUUGGAAAAUAUUUCUAGAAGAAAAAACAGAAGUCCUUUUACUAAAAGGACUACACAAGAAGAACUUUCUAAAUUAGCAGAUACUUUUCUUCAGACUAAAAUAUCCAAUGAUGAUGAUAAAGCUCCCAAAUUUAAAAAGAUAUCACCUGAAGCACAGAAAGUCUUAAAGAGCUAUUUUUCCUCUGCUAAAGUAAACACCGUCAGACCUACAGUUGUUUGUUCUCCUUCUCAAUCCAGACUUAUAUCUAAAUCAGCACUUUAUAGUGAAAACAUGAAAAAGAAAAAUAUGCAGGCAGAUAAUAAAGUUUGUGGGGAAAAAGCAACCCCGGUAAUUCCUUUUGUUGCUCCUUUAAUUAGCAAAGAAAAAUUAAAUUCGUUAAAUAACACCUUUGCAACUGACAAAAUGCAAAUGUUACAUCCUAAGGGGAUUGCGCAAACCCUACCUUCUAUUCAAAGUCUAUCUCCACAGCGUUCCCCAUCCGUAUCAUCUUCAGGGGAACCAUAUUAUGAAGAUAUAACACCACCUGGAUCACCAGGAUCGCCCGAUCCAAAUACUCUUGCAUUGAUACAAGAAUUAAUGAGCCGACACAAUAUUGAUGAGGAAAAUCUUCAGAUGUUGUUAAAUAUUGCUGUGAGGUACAAAAGUGAUAACUUGAAGGUUGUAUCCCCUUCCAAUUCAAAUGCUGGUGAAUUUACUGAUCCUGAAAACAACUCCCUUGAGGAACAAUAUUCUGGUUCAAAGUUCUCUCAGUCAAAUGUGUCUGUUCAAUCACCUUCAGUUAUUUCAGCCUUGAAUGUGAGCUAUGGUGGAAAUAAAUCUUUUAUCUCAACAGUUGGUGCUCCAAAAUCAUCUCCCAUCCUACAAAAAAAUAAUUUUCCUUCUUUUAAAGCAAAUGAGAAUCAGCCUAGCUCAUCAUUUUCCUUUUCACAACCAAUGAGUGUAAAAACUAGUGAUAACUUGGUAACUUCUAACCAGUUAACUGUUAAUCAGCCGCAAGUAACUAGCAAUACUGUAUCGACUGCUUCCAAUUUCAGUCCAUGGACACGUAAUGAGUUGAGGCAAAAUAUUGUGUCUACAGAUGUUCCUCCCAAUCAAACUAUUACAACUUCUACUCCAUUUAUACCUGCACCAAAUAAAACUGUUUUAUUUUCCCCCCAGUCUAAUAAUAAUGUUUUAAAUUUAGCAGGCAGUAAAAAAUUAGAGUCAAAAUCUUCAGAUACUGAAAAUAAAUCACUUCUUAAAGAUGGAAACUCCUUAAUUUCAUCAACCCUUUCAAAUGUGCCAGUAUCAGCAACAGAUGGCAUUGGUUUCAGUAAAUCAAAUUUGACGCUUGCAAAAUCCCAAGGGGGGAAUUUUUUUGGCGGGAAUAUACAAAACUCUUUCUCAGCUCCCCAAGCUUCCAGCAACACAACUAGUACUACUUUAUCUUCACCUGUAUUUGGUAUUGUUAAUGCUGCACCAUCAGAACAUAAAACUUCUGAAAGUCCUUUCUCCUUCAGCUUAAAAUCACCUGAUACAUCAAGUUCUUCAUUUACGUUUGGAAAGUCCUUAUUUGGCUCUAAAAUUUCCACUGUUUCAACUCCUCCAUCACUGACUUUUACUCAAGUUGCAACGUCAGAUUCAGUUGUUCCCAACGCUCCAUCUGAGAAGCAAGCCAAAUCUAUAGAUUCUAAAUCUGCAUUUUCUGCUGCAGGAGAUUCCUUAUUCGGGCAAGUUUUGGCAUCUGAAUCUAGUUCGAAAAAAGAUUCAUCAUCUUUCCAAUUUGUUCCAACUCCCACCUCUGAACCUGAAUCUAAAAUUAUUGAGCUUUCUUUGUCUGACAUUGGUAAGAAUACAACUGUUGUUAGUUCUCCAGCAGAAGCAAAUCAGUUAAUUGUUGCAUCAACUGCAAGUGCAGCUGUGACAAGUGCUAAUCAACUGACUUCUGCAGCAAGUGAAAAUUCCACUUCAAAAGUUCGUUCAGCAACUACUUCAAAUAUUCCUGGCUUGCAAUCAAGUGAAAACAAAGAUACUGCCAAUAUAAAUGUGCCAACCACUCCACCUGAUGUUGCAUCAGCAAUUACUUCUGUCUCAUCUCCUGUUAGUAGUGAAAGCUCUGCAAGUGCUCCUACUACCAAUACCCCAUCUUUAUUCGCGCAAAAUACAAAUGGCACUUCAUUGUUUGCCGCCCCUGCAACUACUCAGUCUUUAUUUGGUGGUGCUAAUGGUUCUCAAACAUCCUUCUUUAGUAAACCUGCACUAGAAACAACUGCAGCUAAAACAUCUCUCUUUGGAACCGCACCAGUGGAUGCUUCAACGCCAUCCUUUUUCGGUAAAACAAGUGAGGCACCAGCUUUUGGACAGAAUACUUUUACACAGGGGUCAGCAUUUGGUUCUACUCCAACUACUACCCAAGGGUCAGUAUUUGGUUCUGCUGCAACAUCUUUUUUCUCUCAAGCACCUGGUGGAGCUGGUUCUGUGUUCGGUACUAAAACUACUAAUACAUCAGAAAACACUGGUUUUGGAAAUCAAACUGGUGGAUCAUUCACCUUUGGAAAAUCACCUUUUGGACAGACACAAGGUACCUUUGGACUUGCAAAAUCUGUAUUUGGACAAAACAGUUCAUUUAAUCAGCCUGCAGCAUCUCAACCGAACAAUUUUGGUCAAUCAACUGCUGGCUCCAUUUUUGGUCAAGGGUCAUUCUCUUUUAGUGGCCUUGGAGGCAAACCAUCUGAAGAAAAUGCCUCUAAAAAUAUAUUUGCUAUGGGAAAUCUUGGCAAGCCAGCUUCUGACUCUAGUAAUGUGUUUGGAAGUCCUGGUGCCUCAGCAUUUGGUGCGAAAACUAAUGCUUUUUCCCCUGGUAGUUUCAGUAGUGGGGGUGGAUCUGUUGCCCAAUCUGGGUUUGGAGCAUUUCAACAGAAUUCACAAAAACCAAGUGGUUUCGGAUCGAGUGCUGCAUUUGGUAGUAGUCCAAGCUUUGGUAGCUCUCCUGCAUUUGGAAGUCCUCCAUCCUUUGGUUCUGGAAAUGCUUUAGCAUCUGUAUUUGGAUCAUCACAACAACAGUCACCAUCUUUUUCAGGUUUUGCAUCAGCGGAUUCACCAACAUUUGGAGCUUUAGCCUCUCAAACACCAUCUUUUGGCAGUCCUCAACAACAACAGCAGCAACAACAAGGUUUUGGAAGUGCCCCAGUAUUUGGUGGUGGUUCAUCAUUUGGAGGGCAAGCUCCUAGUUUCGGAAGUCCGAGUGGUGGCCAAAGUAAUUCUUCAGCGUUUACUCAGUGGAGGAACUGAAAAUGCUUUAUAAAAUAAAUCUGCCCAAUUUUCUCUUAUAAAUAAGCAAUUAUUUUCUGAGAUUGUAAAUUACUAUGUAUAUGUAUAAUCAAAAUAAACUUGACUUUUAAAGUA